AGAAUGGAUAAUUCGACAAUGUCCGCGUACGAGGAGGCGUUAGCCCGAUAUGAUAACAAUUUGAUUAACUUUUCCGCUGUCACCAUGACGAUAUUUUCAAUUACCGCGUUACUGGUCAAUGUGUACUUGUUGAAUUGUGCAAGGUACCUUCGACGGCCGGUAUCGGUGAAUCUUCGAUUGUGUGUGUUCCUGUUGGCAUGUGAUGCUCUUUGCUCAUUGUGCUACAUUUUCACAUAUCUCAUUAAUAUCUUCUUCAGUCAUUUUUCCAACUGUGCGUCACUUCUGCUAGAAGUGAUAAAAAUGUCCACCUUCACUGCUUCGGUGGUCACUCUCUCCGCGUUGGCGUUCAACCAUUAUGUGGGAAUAGUGUACCCUCUUCACCGAAAUGCUAUUACCCCAAGAAUCGUUAAACUGACGGUGAUACUUGCCUAUGCAAUACCUAUGAGCAUCUAUCUAGCAAUAUUUACCAUUUUCCCUGGAGGUCUUCGAGCUCCAAUCGCCUUUGCAUUUUUCAACCGAGAAGGGUGUAUGGGUAAUGCUAUUUAUAGAAACAAUUUCUUCCGAGCUUCCCUGGUUUGCCCGUUUAUCUUCUUUAUUUUCAUGUUAUCAUUCCUUUAUAUGCACAUUGUGAUUCAUAUGCGAAAGAUCUCCCGUGAUCCUCUGCUCAACAACAAAAACAAUCGAAGAAACAACCGAAAACUACUCAUUACAAUCCUUUUGCUGGCUGGUUCCGCGUGUGCCGGUUGGCUUCCGACUUCCUUAAAUUUCUUGUUGCCAUUGGUGAUAACCAUGCCCACACGAGGAAGGUUGUAUCUUGGAAUUCUUGCCCAAUUCCUACACGUUGUGAAACUAUUGGCAGACGCGUUCAUUUACGCUCGGCGGCUGAUUGAAAUCAAGUAUGCAAUCUUCGUAUUCAACCAGAAAACCAAACACCAGAUACUUCGCAAACUUCGCAUACGGCAUGCAAACGAAAAAGAGCAAACUUAUGUUCCACCAGAAUUUCAAAGAUAUUUGAUAGAAACCAAAGAAAAUCGAUCAGUGAGAUCGAAAAGGGUGAAGAGCGAGUUUCAGUCUACCGACAAAAAGCGGGCCGGGUCGGAAAAGCAGAAGAGACCGGCAACUAAAGUUACUAGUUGCCGGACAUCGCCAAAUGGGUCAAAGCAUCUAUCUGUUCAUUCUCCUCUAAAAACGUGCAAGUCUGUCCCAUCAGUUGUUGUGCAAAAUGAUAGAACUCCACAAAGAAGCAACACAUCAGUUAUUGUAAAAACGGUGCGACUCCCUACGGUUUCAGACAUACCCCAGUUAACUUAAUGAUUUUCAUUACUUUUUUCAUAUAAAAAACUUAUUGUCAAAUGUUUCCACGACGACAACACUUGUAAUUUUGAAUGAAUGAAAAUUAAAAUUGAUUGCUCUCCACUCGACCACUUCACACCACCGCCCACCUAUACUCUAUUGCAACAAAAGGAAUUAAAAGAACCGAACCGUCGAUCAAGUUCAAGACAGGUCACAAGAAACACGUAAUAAUUUGGAAAGAGUAGCAAAGAAUGUGCCAUUGAAAAAGUGUAAAGGCGCGUGCCUCGUCGUUUCCGAAACCAGUCCGUGUACGGUCUUCACUCAUAAUUAUAAUUUCCUCGGACACACUGUUAUCUAAUGAUUGAAAAACUUCAACUUAUGCCAUGGCUUGUCAUUCUUACACUAUGCAUUGAAGCGGACACCCGUAAAAUAUUAAUUCCUAAAAUUGAAAUCAAUAUGAUGUUGCAAGAGCUUUCCUCACAAGAAGCGAAAGAUUUCAUGAAAAAAUCACAAAACACGUCCAACUCCGAUUCCAUCAACAAUUCCACUUUGUCUUCGGAAGAUGCCGACGAUUCAUCAACGGAUUUGAUCAGUUCAGUUGUGUCCGUUCCACCGGAAAGUUCUGAUGCCGUCACCACACCGGACAGCAGCGACUUCAAUGAACCGGAAGCCGUGACGCCAUCAAGGCCAAUGAUGUUGUCCGAAUUUGCAAGUCACCUAGCCGGCGGGAUUCGGCAAAGAGUAGAAACGACGACACUGCCGUUACCGGAAUUUCCGACUC